GUUGUGCUCCUGUGUUGUCAUUCUGAGAUAUGGAGUUACCAAUGAAGACCAGAAAAUGGCUACUUCAGCACACAAUACUCCAGCAUGGUCCAGUGUUGUUUUUCUGUGAGGAGUGACAUGCAGCCAUCACUGGAGUGAAUCUUUGCAAAAUCGGCAAGAUUAGGUUCAUUCCCUAAAAUUGCAAUUGUCGGAUAUUUGGGGUACAUGACAGGAGUAAUGUCAUACAUUAAAACCUGUGAAGACAAAUUAAUGAAACUGGAGAACUCCAAACUGGGUGAACACAUUCGUCGAAAUCGCCUCAAAACAAAUGUGCAUAGCUCAGGUUUUUCCCAUGAUGUUGCAACCAAACAAUCCUCACUCCAUGGAUCCUCAGCCCCUGUGCCUGAAUCUCCUUCCAGUGUUUAUUCAAAUCAGUAUGAAUCCAGUGCUGUAGAUGUACCAUUUGGUACUUCCAUGAGCGAAUCUUCCCCCACAGGGAUCUCUGAUAACAUUGCACAAGGGCCUGAAUUUUAUGAGGAGAAACAAGGUAAACCACCAUCUGUGACUUACGAGGAGCUGAGGAACAAAAACAGGGGUGUCUAUGAUGUACUAAAACCACAAACUCCAGAGAGGCCAAUACAGCGCAGAACACCGACAAUUGAAGCAAAAAAGAACAAAUAUGGAGAUGUGUGGGAAGAAUGA